AGUUGUAGACAGAGAAAAUGGUGGAAGAGAAAGAAGUUGGGGGAGUGAUGAGAAAAUCAAGAUUUAAUAGUAUCUGUGUCUUCUGUGGGAGUAGUACUGGUAAAAGAGAUUGUUAUAGAGAUGCAGCUCUUGACUUGGGAAAAGAACUGGUCUCUAGAAGAUUGAGGCUUGUGUAUGGAGGUGGAAGUAUUGGGUUGAUGGGUUUGGUCUCCCAAGCUGUUCAUCAGGGUGGCGGCCAUGUUCUUGGGAUCAUCCCCAAGACUCUGAUGGGCAAAGAGCUAAUAGGUGAAACAUUUGGAGAAGUAAUAGCCGUAGCAAACAUGCAUGAAAGAAAAGCCGAAAUGGCUCGUCAUUCUGAUUGCUUCAUUGCCUUGCCAGGUGGAUAUGGGACUCUUGAGGAGCUAUUAGAGGUCAUAAGUUGGGCACAGCUUGGCAUCCAUGACAAACCCGUUGGAUUACUGAAUGUAGAUGGCUACUACAACUAUCUCCUUACAUUCAUAGAGAAAGCUAUAGAUGAUGGUUUCAUCACUCCUUCCCAACGUCAUAUUAUUGUCUCUGCUACAAGCCCUAAAGAACUUGUACAGAAACUUGAAGAGUACGUUCCUGUGCAUGAUGGGAUUGUCGCCAAAGAUAAAUGGGAAAUGGAACAGGUCGAAUUAAAUGCUACUUUGCAGGCUGAGAUAGCUCGCUAACUGUAGCCGAAGAACUAACGAUAGCCCUAGAUUGAAAAACGCUUGCCUAAGUUAAAGAAGAAAACAGAUCAUAUAUUACAUGCUGACAUGCAUCAAAGCAGCUGAUGGGGGGGCUUUCUGGGCUUCUCGUUUUUACUUUAUAUAUACCAGUAUUCCACUAAUUUAGCUGGGUGCAUAUUUCUUAUUUUCUCUAAUCAUAUGUACUAGUAUUAUAUAUGUUAUUGUUUCAGGCGUUUUGAUAAAUAAGAUAUGAUUAGUAGGAACUAGGAAGUACAACUACAAGUAGUAGAUGUAAAUCAGCUGAAAUAUAGUUGGUUUGGAUAUGUAUAGUUAUGAAGCAAAAGGUGUAUAUCGGUAUACGGAGUCUAAUAUAAUUUA